CUCUAUCUAACAUUUUUCUUUUCAUUUUAAAAAAUUGAAAACCCACCAAAACCAAAAGAAAAGAAAAAGAAGAAAAAAAAAUACCUUAUAAUUGAAAUCCAACCACUAUUACUUGUUUUAUGUCAUUUGCAGACAAAGAAGCACCACCAAGUUUCUAUCCAACUCUUUUUUUUAAUUCGAAAUUAGUUCUUGCUCUUAGUGGAAAGGAAAACUCGGAUCCGGUAUUUGGGUUCACCGCAUUUGAUCCGGAAGAUCCAUAGAAACAGGAGGAAGAACGAUAUUCAAGGAGAUCUUGGAUCUCUCAAAGUUCAUUCUCAAGACCCAGACUACAAUUUUACAGUUCAAGGAGAUCUUGGAUCUCUCAAAGUUCAUUCUCAAGACCCAGACUACAAUUUUACAGAUUCAUAGAUUCCUUUCAGAGAAACAAAAAAGAGAUUUCAAUUUAAAGGAAAAAGACAAAAGGGGGUUUGUUUUUCUUGGGUUUUGGGGCCAAACUCAGAAUUAUAUACACAAGAAGAUGAGAGCGUGGAAUAUCUUAACUAUUUUAAAAUGAAAAACAGAUUCUUAACCAGACCCGGAAUCUGUCCUUUUUCUCACUCGUUUUUUUAGGCUUUUUUGAUGUUUGUUUGAUGAGAUUUCUAUUCCAAGAAUAUUAGAAAACGUUUGUAGAAGUUAAAGAUCAGAUUUUGAGAGAAGUAGCAAGAAGAGCAAAAUCAACAUUUUUGGUCAUGAGCAACAAGCAGCCAGUGCAGCUAGAUGACGAGCAAAUAGCCGAGCUCCGGGAGAUAUUCCGGUCAUUCGACCGGAAUAAAGACGGCAGCCUAACGCAGCUGGAACUCGGGUCACUCCUCCGAGCACUUGGCUUAAAACCAAGUCCGGACCAGCUUGAGAAUUUGAUCCAAAAGGCUGAUACCAACAGCAAUGGUCUUGUGGAGUUCUCGGAAUUCAUAGGCCUUGUAGCUCCAGAGCUCCUCUCGGCCAAAUCUCCAUACACAGAGGACCAGCUGAAGCAGCUAUUCAGGAUGUUUGAUAGAGAUGGAAACGGGUUUAUAACAGCUGCCGAGUUGGCUCACUCCAUGGCCAAGCUUGGUCAUGCUCUUACAGCAGAGGAGUUGACAGGGAUGAUCAAGGAGGCUGAUACUGAUGGAGAUGGAAGAAUCAAUUACCAGGAGUUUGCAAAAGCUAUUACUUCUGCUGCUUUUGAUAAUUCAUGGGCUUGACAAGCUUAGGAAUUCAAUUUUUUAGAGGUUAGAUAAUUUUUCCACAAUGAUCCAGGAGCAGAUUCUUCAAUUCCAACAGAAAAAAAAAAAAAAAAAGGCCUACUGUGCUACAACUACAAAAGUGUUUUGAUUACUCAGGGCUUAAAUUUUUGUUUCAUGGGAUCACACUCCUGGUGAUGAAAAUGGCAAGGCUACUCUCUUUUCUUUUGAAAUUUGAGGCAGUAAAAUUGGAUGAAAGUAUUUGUUGACUUUUCCCUUUUGCUGGACCCUUGUUCUAGUGCUGGUUUUUUUUUUUUUUUUUUUUUUUUUUUUUACCAGACUCUAUAAGAGAUGCUUUAAUUUUACUAGGGUGUAAACUUCUUGUUUUUGUUGAUUUCCUUGGUCAGUUUUGGAAUGUUGCUUAUAUUGUAAAGUUAGGUUAAUAAAAAUCUACAUUUUGAUAGAUU